AUGGGCUCCGACGACGAGCACCGCAGCCACAAGUCGCGGCGCAGUCGCCACAACGACGAUGACGAAAAGGACGGCGACAGACCGCGCAGAGACACAAAAGACAGAGACAGUCACCGGCGAAGACACAGCAGAGACAGAGAAAGAGACCGCGACUCGGACAGACGCAAGGAGCGACGGAGAUCACGAUCACGAGACAAGCGCGACCGACGCCGCUCGCGCACACCAGACCCGUCGACGCGCAGACGCUCCCGCUCACGCGACCGAGACCGCGACCGCGACCGCGAAAGACGCAGACGACGAUCCCCGCGCGACGAAGACCGCGCAAGCAGCGGCAAAGAAGUUGCCCGUCGGCGCCGCCGCGACGACGACCCCGAAUCCGAUUCCGACGCGGAGGCCCACAAGCGCAGCAAACGCGCGAGCCCCCUCCGCCGCGCCGGCCCGCUCCCGUCCCAGGACGACUCCUUCGCCGUCUCCAAGGGCGAAGAGCCCGAGAAACCGAAGGAGAAGCCCAACCUGCGCACGACGGGCGUGCUGGCGGCGGCCUCCAACUCGGUGCAGCAGGCGGACGGGACGUCGAUUGUGUUGAAAUACCACGAGCCCGCCGAGGCGCGCAAGCCCCCCGCCAAGGACCAGUGGAAGCUGUUCGUGUUCAAGGGGCCGGACAUUGUGGACACGAUCGACCUGAAUCUGCGCAGUUGCUGGCUGAUUGGACGCGAGGCCGCCGUGGUCGAUCUCACGGCGGAACACCCCAGCAUCAGCAAGCAGCACGCCGUCAUCCAAUUUCGGCACGUCGAGAAGAGGAACGAGUACGGCGACCGCAUCGGGAAAGUCAAGCCCUACCUGAUCGACCUAGAGAGCGCCAAUGGCACGGUGCUGAACGGAGAUAAGGUUGCCGAUAGUCGAUACUAUGAGCUUCGGGACAAGGAUAUGGUUAAGCUGGGACAUAGUACGCGGGAGUAUGUGAUCAUGCUGGCGCCUAGGGAUUAA